AUGAAAAGUAGCAGAGGCGGCCCUGAUGAAUUACGCCGGCCACUUCCGGAGCUCCACCGUCAGGAACCCUCGUCCACUUUAGGCCGCGGCUGCCGGGCGCUGGUCGAAACCUCCAGCCUUGCGCGAGGCGGACCCUCCGCGCAGCCCGCGGGCUUCGGCGCUUCGGCGCCUCGCGCUGCACCAGAGCGCACGCGGCGCGAGCCCGGCAGGGCGGCCGAGGGCGAGGAGAGCCAGCUACCGCCGCCGCCACCGGGCAGCUUCUGGAACGUGGAGAGUGCCGCCGCCCCGGGCACCGGGUGUCCCGCUGCCACCUCCGGGAGCGGCGCCGCCCGGUGCCGGGGCAACUCGGGUGGCGGAGGCGGCCGACGGACCACGGUGGCAUAUGUGAUCAACGAAGCGAGCCAGGGGCAGCUGGUGAUGGCCGAGAGCGAGGCCCUGCAGAGCCUGCGGGAGGCGUGCGAGACGGUGGGCGCCACCCUGGAGACCGUGCAGUUUGGUAAACUGGACUUUGGGGAGACCGCGGUGCUGGACCGUUUCUACAAUGCAGAUAUCGCCGUGGUGGAGAUGAGCGACGCCUUCCGACAGCCAUCGUUAUUUUACCACCUUGGGGUCAGAGAAAGUUUCAGCAUGGCCAACAACAUCAUCCUCUACUGUGAUAAUAAUUCAUACUCUCUGCAGUCGCUGAAGGAUAUCAUUUGCCAGAAGAAUACUAUGUGCACUGGGAACUACACGUUCGUUCCUUACAUGAUCACUCCACAUAACAAAGUCUACUGCUGUGAUAGCAGCUUCAUGAAGGGGUUGACGGAGCUCAUGCAACCGAAAUUUGAGCUGCUGCUUGGACCCAUUUGCUUACCUCUUGUGGACCGUUUCAUUCAACUUCUGAAGGUGGCACAAGCCAGUUCCAGCCAGUAUUUCCGGGAGUCUAUACUCAAUGACAUCAGGAAAGCUCGUAAUUUAUACACUGGUAAAGAAUUGGCAGCUGAACUGGCAAGAAUUCGGCAGCGAGUAGAUAACAUAGAAGUCUUGACGGCAGAUAUUGUCAUAAACCUGUUACUUUCCUACAGAGACAUCCAGGACUAUGAUUCUAUUGUGAAGCUGGUAGAGACGUUAGAAAAGCUGCCAACCUUUGAUUUGGCUUCCCAUCACCAUGUGAAGUUUCAUUAUGCAUUUGCGCUGAAUAGGAGAAAUCUCCCUGGAGAUAGAAUAAAAGCUCUUGAUACUAUGAUUCCCCUGGUGCAAAGUGAAGGGCAGGUUGCUUCAGAUAUGUAUUGCCUAGUUGGUCGAAUCUACAAAGAUAUGUUUUUGGACUCGAAUUUUCUGGACACUGAAAGUAGAGACCAUGGAGCUUCUUGGUUCAAAAAGGCAUUUGAAUCUGAGCCAUCGCUGCAGUCAGGAAUUAAUUAUGCGGUCCUUCUCCUGGCAGCUGGGCACCAGUUCGAAUCUUCCUUUGAGCUCCGGAAAGUUGGGGUGAAGCUAAGUAGCCUUCUUGGUAAAAAGGGAAACUUAGAAAAUCUCCAGAGCUACUGGGAAGUUGGAUUUUUUCUGGGUGCCAGUGUCCUGGCCAAUGACCACAUGAGAGUCAUCCAAGCCUCUGAAAAGCUUUUUAAACUGAAGACACCAGCAUGGUACCUCAAGUCUAUCGUAGAGACAAUUUUGAUAUACAAGCAUUUUGUGAAGCUGACUACAGAGCAGCCUGUGGCCAAACAGGAGCUGGUGGACUUCUGGAUGGAUUUCCUGGUGGAGGCCACAAAGACGGAUGUGACUGUGGUUAGGUUUCCGGUGUUAAUAUUAGAACCAACCAAAAUCUAUCAGCCUUCGUAUUUGUCUAUCAACAAUGAAGUUGAGGAAAAAACAAUAUCUAUUUGGCACGUGCUUCCUGAUGACAAGAAAGGUAUACAUGAGUGGAAUUUUAGUGCUUCUUCUGUCAGGGGUGUAAGUAUUUCUAAAUUUGAAGAACGAUGCUGUUUUCUUUAUGUGCUUCAUAAUUCUGACGAUUUCCAAAUCUAUUUCUGUACAGAACUGCACUGUAAAAAGUUUUUUGAAAUGGUGAACACCAUUACUGAAGAGAAGGGGAGAAGCACGGAGGAAGGUGAUUGUGAAAGUGACUCCUUGGAGUAUGACUACGAAUAUGAUGAGAAUGGAGACAGAGUCGUUUUAGGAAAAGGCACUUACGGGAUAGUCUAUGCAGGCCGAGACCUGAGCAACCAAGUCCGAAUCGCUAUAAAGGAAAUCCCAGAGAGAGAUAGCAGAUACUCCCAGCCCUUACAUGAAGAAAUAGCAUUGCAUAAGCAUCUGAAACAUAAAAAUAUUGUCCAGUAUCUGGGCUCUUUCAGUGAGAAUGGUUUCAUCAAAAUCUUCAUGGAGCAGGUCCCAGGAGGAAGUCUUUCUGCUCUCCUUCGGUCCAAAUGGGGCCCAUUAAAGGACAAUGAGCAAACAAUUGGCUUCUAUACAAAGCAAAUACUUGAAGGAUUAAAAUACCUCCACGAUAAUCAGAUAGUUCACCGGGAUAUAAAGGGUGACAAUGUGUUGAUUAAUACCUAUAGCGGUGUUCUCAAGAUCUCAGACUUCGGGACAUCAAAGAGGCUUGCUGGCAUUAACCCAUGUACUGAAACUUUUACUGGUACCCUUCAGUAUAUGGCACCGGAAAUCAUAGACAAAGGACCAAGAGGCUACGGGAAGGCAGCAGACAUCUGGUCUUUGGGCUGCACGAUCAUUGAAAUGGCCACAGGGAAACCACCUUUUUAUGAGCUGGGAGAACCACAAGCAGCUAUGUUCAAGGUGGGAAUGUUUAAAGUCCACCCGGAGAUCCCAGAGUCCAUGUCAGCAGAGGCCAAGGCAUUCAUACUGAAAUGUUUUGAACCAGACCCUGACAAGAGAGCCUGUGCUAACGACUUGCUUAUUGAUGAGUUCUUGAAAGUUUCAAGCAAAAAGAAAAAGAGCCAACCUAAGCUUUCAGCCCUGUCAGCCGGAUCGAAUGAGUAUCUUAGAAGCAUAUCCUUGCCCGUGCCCGUCUUGGUGGAGGACACCAGCAGCAGCAGUGAGUAUGGCUCGGUUUCUCCCGACACGGAGUUGAAGGUGGAUCCCUUCUCUUUCAAGACAAGAGCCAAAUCCUGUGGCGAACGAGAUGUUAAAGGAAUACGGACACUCUUUCUGGGCAUUCCAGAUGAAAAUUUCGAAGAUCACAGCGCCCCACCUUCCCCUGAAGAAAAAGAUUCAGGAUUCUUUAUGCUGAGGAAGGACAGUGAGAGACGGGCCACCCUCCACAGGAUCCUGACCGAAGACCAAGACAAAGUUGUGAGAAACUUAAUGGAAUCUUUGGCUCAGGGGCCUGAAGAACCUAAACUAAAAUGGGAACACAUCACAACCCUCAUUGCAAGUCUGAGAGAAUUCGUGAGAUCCACUGACCGAAAAAUCAUAGCCACCACCCUGUCCAAGCUGAAGCUAGAACUUGACUUUGACAGCCACGGCAUUAGUCAAGUCCAGGUGGUACUCUUCAGUUUUCAGGAUGCCGUCAAUAAAGUUCUUCGGAAUCAUAACAUCAAGCCACACUGGAUGUUUGCCUUGGACAGUAUCAUCCGAAAGGCGGUGCAGACGGCCAUUACCAUUCUGGUGCCAGAACUGAGGCCACAUUUCAGCCUCGCGUCUGAGAGUGAUACCGCGGAUCAAGAAGACUUGGAGGCCGAAGAUGAGCAUGAGGAACAGCCUUCAAACCAAACCGUCCGCAGACCUCACGCUGUCAUCGAAGAUGCUGUGGCUACCUCAGGGGUGAGCACGCUCAGUUCUACCGUGUCCCACGACUCCCAGAACGCUCACCGAUCCCUCAGUGUGCAGCUUGGAAGGAUGAAAAUAGAAACUAAUAGAUUGUUGGAAGAAUUGGUUCAGAAAGAGAAAGAAUUACAAGCCCUUCUUCACCAAGCUAUUGAAGAAAAAGACCAAGAAAUUAAGCACCUGAAGCUUAAGUCCCAACCAAUAGAUGUUCCCGGACUGCCGGUGAGUCCCCGGGGUCCUCCUGCCUCCAGCGCUGAAGAGUCGGAACUUGCUGAAUGGCUGAGAGAAAAGGGAGCUGAUGAGGACACUAUAAGUCGGUUUCUGGCUGAGCAUUAUUCUCUAGAGGAUAUUCUCUACUGUGUUACACGUGAUGAUUUAAAAUGCCUGAAACUAAGGGGCGGGAUACUCUGCACGCUGUGGAAGGCCAUCACCGACUUUCGAGACAAACAGACUUGACCGUCGCUCAGUUUGUUUCCAACCUUCCAUGGAGAUUCCAGCAAUACAGAACUGAUCUUCUUGGGGAAGGGAGAGGAGAAGGAGCUGCACUUUAAAUCCAGUAUUUGUUUACUCGUGUUUAAAAAGAAAGACAAAAUCCACUGAACUGCUUCUAUUUCUAGAAUUCAUAAGGACUCUUUCUAAGGACUCUCCAAAAAUAAUCCUAAACAUUAGGAUGCUGAGGACUAUUUUAGUCCAAACGUUUUUAUGGAGAUAUUUUUCACUCAGCACCUACCGCACCUCAGCCAAAUAUUUAUAUCACACGAAACGGAUAGGACAUUUCACGGGAUUGUGCAUCACUGGAACAAAACCAAAAUGUGACCAUGACUUUUCAGGCUUAUGUGUUUGUAAGAUACUCUGAGAAGAGAUGCUUAAGUUCAAUUACUGUAUGAAGUUUAUGUUCUUUUUUAAGUGUGCAGACUCUGAAAGCAAUGGUUUGUACUUACCUAUCUGUAUUAAUUGUAAUAUUGAGUAUAUUUUGUAACUUAAGUUUCUGGCCCCUAGUACAUUCGUUUGCGUCGUUGAUGUACUACUGAACUGUAGCAGUUGUACGUGCCUGAAUCACAGUAACGUUAGCUUGUUCUAAAGCUAUCCAUUGUGUCAUAUUUACUCUCGUACGUCAGAAGACUCUUAACACACUGUUUGAUAAAUUCUAAAGAAUUCUUAUUUCGUUUUGACAAACCAGAUAAACCACUGUGUCAAAUUUC